AUGAUAUUCUCUGGGCUCCCGUUUAAAGAAGUUUGGAAAUUGACAUUCCAAGUUAAUCGCCAGAAUACCACAAGAAAUGCUAAGCGUGUUCUGAACAAAUGGAUUGAUGAUAAUUGGCCCACCACAGAAACACCUUUUGACAAACAGAUUGCCUAUGAAAUAGCUUUUAGACGCGUGCAGAGACCAAGGAUAAAAAUACCAGCUACCGUCAAGUUAGCCACUUCCUGGAGUCCAACUCAGAAGACUACAACCGCCGCACCUACUCUGUGGACUACGAGAUACCGCUCUGACAAGGAAUGUGCCAGAACUAAAGCCCUCAGUUUUUUGGAUCAUCGAGAUUCUCUCAAAUCAUUUAUUCGUUAUCUUUUCCGAACCACACAGCAGAAACAAUUGCUUACUGAUGAGGAAGCUGUGCAGAUGCGUAAAAUAUUCUGGAAACUAGACCGAAAAAAUAAAAACCUGUUUUCAAGCUACGAUUUCAUGUGGGAGCUUAACAAAAACUAUUGGGGAAAACCAAAUGUGACACUUAACAUUCACCAAUUCACAGAUGAUUGGCAGAAGAAUGAUCCUAAGGCGAAACUCAUUUUAUGGAACUUACCUGAUUGUUGA